UUUUUUUUAUUACUUCUGUGAAGCGUUUUUAUCUGCUACACCCAACAGAGCCCUAGUGGUCUAGUGGUUCCGGGCACUUUUUAGCCCUACUUCAUAGAACUCGCCGGUAUCGCCACCCGAGUCGACCACAACGAAGAUGUCGAAAGACUUCACAACCAAAGUCGGUCAGGGGUUGGCCAAGGGUCUCGGUAUCAAACAAGCCUACCGAGAUCCCUUGGGCGCCCAAGCAGAUCCGGUCACCAGAGGCGAAUCUACCUUUUCCUACGGCACGAUUGACACCUAUUCCUAUCUGGAGCAGGAACCGACGACUGCUGAAUGGUUCAAGGAGAUCACUCCUAGCUGGCACGAUGUAGGCCGAUACUUCUACAGACUAUUUCCAUUCCUGUCUUGGAUCACGAGGUACAACACACAAUGGCUCAUAGGUGAUUUGGUUGCUGGUAUCACUGUGGGCGCUGUCGUCGUUCCUCAGGGGAUGGCAUACGCUAAGCUGGCUGAACUGCCUGUUCAAUAUGGUCUCUAUUCGUCUUUCAUGGGUGUCUUGCUAUACUGGUUCUUCGCAACCUCCAAAGAUAUCACCAUCGGUCCCGUUGCCGUUAUGUCUACCUUGGUUGGAACCAUCGUCCUCGACGCCGAAGACAAGUACCCGAAUAUUCCGGGACAUGUCGUCGCAUCGUGUUUGGCUAUCGUCAGCGGUGGCAUCGUUUGUGCUCUAGGAUUGCUUCGCCUCGGAUUCAUUGUGGAUUUCAUCCCAUUGCCCGCCAUUUCUGCUUUCAUGACGGGUUCAGCUCUCAACAUCGCCUCCGGUCAGGUCAAGAACUUGCUAGGCGAGUCGGCCUCGUUCUCCACCCGCGAUGCAACGUACAUGAUUAUCAUAAACUCGCUCAAGCACCUGCCGUCCGCUGGUAUCGACGCUGCUCUGGGAGUUACCUCUCUGGCCAUGCUGUACAUGAUUCGCUCCGCUUGCAACUUCCUUGCUCGCAAAUACCCCCAAAAGGCUAAGCUUUGGUUCUUCGCGUCGACUUUGCGUACGGUCUUUGUGAUUCUGUUCUACACCAUGAUCAGUGCUGCCGUCAAUCUGCACCGCAAGGAUGACCCUAUGUUCAACGUUAUUGGCAAUGUCCCAAGAGGUUUCAAAGACGCCGGUGUUCCUCGUGUCGAUUCGGAAGUCAUUUCGGUUUUCGCCAGCCAACUUCCUGCCUGCGUCAUUGUCCUACUGAUCGAACACAUCGCUAUUUCGAAGUCCUUCGGUCGUGUCAACAACUACACCAUCGAUCCAUCCCAGGAACUCGUCGCUAUUGGUGUCACGAACUUGCUCGGUCCUUUCCUGGGUGCUUACCCUGCCACUGGAUCUUUCUCGCGCACUGCCAUCAAGUCGAAGGCUGGUGUUCGGACUCCACUGGCCGGUGUCAUCACCGCUAUCGUUGUGCUGCUUGCUAUCUACGCUCUGACAGCCGUCUUCUUCUACAUUCCACAGGCUGCUCUUUCUGGUGUCAUUAUCCAUGCCGUUGGAGAUCUGAUCACUCCUCCCAACACCGUCUACCAAUUCUGGCGCGUCUCACCUAUCGAUGCGCUCAUCUUCUUCAUUGGUGUCAUCGUCACCGUUUUCUCAUCCAUCGAGGACGGCAUUUACUGCACCAUCUGUGUCUCCGUGGCUGUGCUUCUGUUCCGUGUCGCUAAGGCUCGUGGCCAGUUCCUCGGCCGCGUCACCAUUCACUCAGUCAUCGGCGAUCAUCUUGUGCAAGGCGAUGGCAAGUAUGGCCCGGGUAACAACAGCAACUCUCCUGAUCGUGAUGAGGAGGGUUCUCGUCGCUCAAUCUUCCUUCCCCUCAACCACGCUGAUGGCUCCAACCCCGAGGUGGGUUUGGAACAGCCCUACCCUGGUAUCUUCAUCUACCGGUUCUCCGAGGGCUUCAACUACCCGAAUGCGAAUCAUUACACCGACUACCUGGUCCAGACCAUUUUCCGCGAGACACGACGCACGAUUCCGUUCUCCUACGAGCAGCGCGGCGACCGUCCUUGGAACGACCCUGGCCCUCGCAAAAACUCUGCCCAAGAGGAGCAGCGCUCGCAACGGCCCCUGCUUCGUGCCGUCAUUCUCGACUUCUCUUCCGUUAACAAUGUCGAUGUGACCUCCAUCCAGAACUUGAUCGACGUGCGCAACCAACUGGAUCUCUACGCCUCCCCUCGCGCUGUGCAGUGGCAUUUCGCUCACCUCAACAACCGGUGGACCAAACGGGCGCUGGCUGCCGCUGGCUUCGGCUUCCCGACCCCCAACUCCGACAAUGGAUUCCACCGCUGGAAGCCGAUCUUCAGUGUGGCCGAGAUCGAAGGCCGGUCGUCCGCCGCCGCUCAUGCCGAAAUGCUCAACAACCAGCACGCCCAGCACGCCGCGCAAAAGCGUGAUGAGGAGGACGGUAUCAAGCACGAAGGUCACACGACGAUGCGGGAGACUCACGGUGUCGAGGAAGGCUCGGAUAUCAGCAGCGUUCCCGAGGACAAGUUGCAGCAUGACCUGAACGACAGCAAGGCGUACCGCAAUCGGCGCAAGGUGGCCGUGGUGCAGGGCAUCAAUCGGCCCUUCUUCCACAUCGACUUAACUAGUGCCCUUGAGAGUGCUCUUGCCAACGCGCCACCUGAGGAACUCGACUGAAGCCUCUUAUGGAGAGAAAGAAGGGAGAAGAAAAAAAAAAGAAGGACUCCCUGGAUGGAGCUUUUCUUUCGACAUGAACAUACUUACACUGGAUGAUAUAUUGGCAUUUUUGUCAUUUGACUUGAAGAUAGCGAUUUGUUUGGACGUGCGGAUUUAUUGUGAUAGUUCUUUCGGUUUCUUGGUCAAAGCUAUACCCCCUGAUGUCACUUGGAUUGUAUAUAGAUGGAACUAAUUGAGGGUGGAGG